UGACCAGGUCCCACCAGGGUGAGGAGACAGCGCCGUUUGUCAGCAACACCACUCCGUCAGCACCGAGACGUCAGCCUAGCCAACAGUGGUCGCCAUGAACAAGUACUUCCCAGGAAUCGGCCGCAUCGAGUACCGGCCCGAUGCCGGUCCCGAGGACACCAUGGUGUUCCGGCACUACAACCCCAAUGAAACCGUCCACGGCCGCACCAUGGAGGAGUGGAUGAAGUUCUCCGUCUGCUACUUCAACACCUUCAGGUACUUGGGCUCGGACGACCACUACGGCGAGCGUGCGCACCAGCACCAGUGGGAGGACGGCUCUCGCUCCCUCGACAACUACAAGCGCCGGAUGAUGGCCGCCUUUGAGCUUUUCCACAAGCUCAAUGUCAAAUAUUACUCGGUGAGCGAUCGCGACAUGGCACCGGAAGGCGACAGCUUCGACGAGACCAACCGCUACCUGGACGAGAUGGUGACCCUCGCAUGCGACCUGCAAAGGCAGAUCGGUGUCCGUCCAAUGUACUUCGCCGCUGACCUGUUUUCUCACCCUCGCUACAUGAACGGCGCUGGCUCCAACCCCGACGCCCACGUGUUCGCGUACGCCUGCGCCCAGGUCAAGCGCAGCAUGGACGCCGCCAAGCGCUUGAACGCCGAGAACUUCGUGUUCUUCAACCCCCGCGACGGCUACCAGAGCGUCCUGCAACGCCAGUUCUUCCGCGACAUGUCCCACAUGGCGCAGCUGUACCGCAUGGCGGCGCAGUACAGGGACAAGAUCGGCUUCAGGGGCCAGCUGCUGAUCCAGCCCAAGCCAGCCGACCCUCGCCGCCACCAGUACGAGUCCGACGCCAUGUCCACCAUGCACAUGCUGCGCCACUUCGGCCUCGACAAGCACUACAAGCUGUACAUCAAGCCCGCCUUCUCUCGCCUCAUGAGCCGCCCCUACGAGCACGAUGUCUACAUGGCCGCCGCAUACAACAUGCUUGGCUGCGUCGACGCCUCCGACAGCUGGCCAGAGGUGCGAGGAACGUCAGAUCUGUGCGCCCGCAACGUCCGUGACGCCACGUACGUCAUGAAGUGCGUCUUGGAACAGCAGAGCGGUCUACAGGGCGGUGGCUUCAUCCUGGGCGGGCGCGCGCGUCGUGAGUCCACCGAGCCCCGAGACCUGUUCCACGGCCACAUCAUGGCCAUGGACACCUUCGCCCGCGCCCUCAGGAACGCCGCCCGCAUGAUCUCCGACGGAUCCUUCAGCCGCAGCAUCCAGCAGCGCUACUCCUCCUACAAGUCCGGCCUCGGCGAGCGCAUCGAGAAGGGCGCCGCGUCCUUCGAAGAGUGCGAGGACUACGUCCGCAAGUGCGGCGAGCCCCAGCCACAGUCCAGCCGCCACGAGCAUUUCGAGAACAUGUUCAAUUACUAUAUUUUCCCUGCACGCCAAUAGACCUUUGCGUCUGCUGUCUUGCACAGAUGGGAAAAACUAGUCAAAGCGGCCAAUGCAUUCUUGUGCGUCACGGAAUAACGUGACGCACAAGACAACUUUAAAUUCCCACGCGAUGAAAAGGAAGACGAACAAUAUUAAUGGUGCCAAGCUUGUCACCUUCCAAGAAGUCAUCAAUCGAGACUGACCCUCAGUACCUCACCCUCUCCCGCUGUGGUCAUGUCUACUGCAGGAUAACUACAACUACUAACCAUGUAUCAAUUUUUCACCCUAUAAAGAAACAAGGCUAAAAAAAAACAACAGGAAAACACAAUAACAUAUACAUCCGAAUUUACACUCCU